GACCUACGGGUCUCAAUAUUUAUUUUACAUUUUCUUAGUGAAUUGACCGUCCCCGGACGCAGAAUCUUUUCCAAUCGACUACAGAUUCAGUUCUACAUACAGUCGUUUGCAUUAAAAAGUUCACCCCUAGAUUUGGACGCAACAUCUUUGUAUGUAUUUGUGCCCACAAAAAAACCUCGAAUAUUCUCAAAUGUGUUUGCCGGGUGACCUGUCACACGAGAACUAUAUGAUGUAACGAUAUCAUGUCUCCACACCUCACAGAACAGUUAAGGGAGUGGAUUAUUGUCUGGCAUUCUAAGACAAUUGCUGAAAUAGCUCAACUUGCUGGGUGCAGUCAGCGAAAUUUUGGACAGACAAGAGAUCCAUUUGCUCAUUGCCGUGGCAAGCCUCGUACUCUCAACCAACAGGACCUGUCAUUUAUCACAUCCAUUCUCAAUGCCAACUCAUCCCUACCCUAUUUCCUUGACGAAAUUUCAAGAGCAGCUGCUGAAAUGUUUCAAGUCUCAAUUCCCACGCUCUCGCACAGCCUUCAUCGGCUUGCAGUCACGCACAAACGGACAUCAAAUUUUCAAAGGCAGCAGCAGAGCGAAAUGAGUUGCUGC